GCCGGCCGUCGGAGGGAGGAGCGAGCGGACGGAGCGGAGUCAGCCCGGAGCGGCCGCCGCCAUGACCCGCGGUAACCAACGUGAGCUCGCCCGCCAGAAGAACAUGAAGAAGCAGAGCGACUCGGGCAAGGGCAAACGCCGGGACGACGGACUCUCGGCCGCCGCCCGCAAGCAGAGGGACUCGGAGAUCAUGCAGCAGAAGCAGAAAAAAGCCAACGAGAAGAAGGAGGAGCCCAAAUAGCGGCUUGGCCCGGCGCUUACCCUUCCCCUACCCCCCGCUCGCCUGCCCGCCGCCCGAGCGCCCGGAGCCAGUCGGCCUCGCCCUGCUCACGCCUCCUCCUGUAGUGCUCACAGGCCCCAGCACUGAUGGCAGCGCCGCCACCCCCCACGUGCCCACCACAGACCCACCACGGACACCCCCGCUCCUUGGUCCUCCCCAGUCUGGGCCUCCAUUCUCCCUUCUCCUCCGCGCUCACCACAGGCCCCUGCCCCCUGACCGUCCUUUGCCCGGGCAACCACUUCCCCCACAUCUCACCCGUACCCACUCUGGGCCCCCCUGUCCCUCCCCAGGCUGAGCGGCAGUACCGCCUCCCCUUGUGCCCACAGCCCCCCUAUGCCCACUGUAGGCUCCUCAGUCUGGACAACCACCCCUCUGCCCCAACAAGGCCCCCCUGCCCUGUGUUUUUUAUUGCUAGGGGCCCCCCCAGAGUAUUAAAAGUAGCUUUUUAAUUCC